UUGCUAUGCCCAGAACUUGUUUGUCAUCGAACGAGGGUUUGUGUAACUCCUAGCACGAGAUAGAUUGAACCUUUAAUUCAUAUUCUUCGUAAAUGAAAGAAAAUCUGCACACUCCUCAUCUUCAUCUUUUUGGUUACUGAGAAAAUAUCAGUAUAAUUUAUUUGGGAAUUUCAAAAUUUUCCAACUUUAUUUCGGAGCAUUUCUUCUCUGGAUCUCAGAGGAAAGGAGGCAGGAAGAUGGCCGAAGUCUCUAUGUGUAGCAGUAGUGGCAGCACGGAGCUCACUCCAGAAGAAGAGAGGAUUAUGAUUAGAGACAUUGCUUUGGCUGCUGAAGCUAAUACUAAAGAGGGUGACAUCUUUUAUUUAAUCACUCAAAGAUGGUGGCAACACUGGAUUGAAUAUGUCAACCAAGACCAACCGAUUAAUACAAAUGAUGGAUCCUCUUUUGCAGAGAUUUAUGAUUCAUUUGGUUCAAGCAUGUUAAAGAGACCUGCUAGUAUUGAUAACUCUGACCUAAUUUAUGAUGCUGCAUCAGAGGACUCUAGUGCGGGCAUUGAAAUACAUGAUACUCUUUUAGAAGGUCGUGACUAUGUUCUGCUUCCACAAGAAGUGUGGAACCAGCUAUGCUUGUGGUACGGUGGUGGUCCAAAAUUGGCACGGAAGGUAAUUAGUGCAGGUCUUUCUCAAACUGAAUUGACUGUUGAAGUAUAUCCUCUACGCCUCCAAUUAUUAGAGGUGCCAAAGGGCGACCGCUCCACAAUAAGAAUAAGCAAGAAGGAGACAAUUGGCGAGCUUCACAGACGAGCUUGUGAAAUUUUUGAUCUUAACUUAGAACAAGUCUGCAUUUGGGAUUACUAUGGCCACAGAAAACAUGCUUUAAUGAAUGACAUGGAUAAAACUCUUGAUGAUGCUAACAUUCAGAUGGAUCAGGAUAUUCUUGUGGAGAUUUUAAACCAUGGAAAUCACAAUGCGUUGGGUGGCUGUACAAGUUAUGUUCAGGAUAAUGGAACAACUGACAAGGAAGCUACUUCUAUUCACUUAGAGGCUUCUAAGUCAAACUUAAUAAGUGCAGGAGGCAUGCCUAACAAGGGGGCGUCUAAAACAGAAGUGGUGCAGAGCCAGAACCCUACUUCUUCAAUUAAAGAGUUGGAUAAUGCAUAUGGGCAAAGUGGCGUUAGUACGAGGGGUUCUUCUUGUGGUCUAACAGGGUUGUUAAAUCUUGGUAACACUUGUUUCAUGAAUAGUGCAAUUCAAUGCCUUGUCCACACACCUGAGUUUGCUCGAUAUUUCCGUGAGGAUUAUCAUCAGGAGAUUAACUGGCAGAAUCCUUUGGGCAUGGUUGGUGAGCUUGCCAUGGCAUUUGGUGACUUGCUUAGAAAGCUAUGGGCUCCUGGACGAACGUCUGUUGCUCCCCGUCCAUUUAAAGCAAAGCUUGCUCGUUUUGCACCCCAAUUUAGUGGAUAUAAUCAGCAUGAUUCCCAGGAACUUCUAGCAUUUCUGCUUGAUGGUUUACAUGAAGAUCUGAAUCGCGUAAAGCACAAACCCUAUAUUAAGUCCAGAGAUGCAGAUGGAAGACCUGAUGAAGAAGUUGCUGAUGAAUACUGGGCGAACCACAUUGCUCGUAAUGAUUCCAUUAUUGUCGAUGUGUGCCAAGGCCAAUACAAAUCAACUUUAGUCUGUCCCGUGUGCAAUAAAGUUUCUGUCACUUUUGAUCCCUUCAUGUAUCUCUCGUUGCCACUCCAGUCAACCACCACCCGCACUAUGACAGUGACUGUUUUUACUAGUGAUGGAAGUAAGCGUCCAUCAACUUUAACUGUCACUGUACCAAAGCAGGGCCGGUGUAGGGAUCUAAUACAGGCACUUAACGGCACUUGUUCAUUGAGGCAUAGUGAGAAGCUCCUUUUGGCGGAGGUGCGAGACCAUUUGGUUCACAGGUUUCUGGAAGAUCCACUGAUAUCAUUGUCCACGAUAAAAGAUGAUGACCAUAUUGCUGCCUACAAAAUUCCAAAGUUGACAAAGAAUGCUAAAUAUCUUCAAUUAGUUCAUCGAAGCCAAGAACAGGUUACUAGUGAUGCGGACAUAAUGUCAGGAUGGAGACCUUUUGGAACUCCUCUAGUGUCGGUAGUCUCAUGUGAGGGCCCAGUGAAGAAAGACUACCUUCAGAGAAUAGUCAAAAGAGCACUCUCUCCAUUGGCGAAGAUUGGGACUUUGAUGGAUACUGAUGUAUCUGAUUCUAGCAUGUCACAUGCUGGAGAAGAUCUUCAUCAUCACGACUCUUCUGCUGAAACAUGCACAAGUUCAUUGAAUAGCGAUGAUCCAAAAUCUAAAGCAAUGGAACCUUUUAAGUUGCCUCUUCAGUUGUUGAAUGAGGAAAAUGUUUGCAUCGAGUUAUCAAGCGGAGAAGAAGCUGUGAAACUACCCCCAUCAUCAUCAGUCCUAGUGUAUAUUGAUUGGUCUCAAAAGCUACUAAAGAAGUUUGAUACGGGUUACCUAGAAAACUUGCCUGAAGUUUUUAAAUCUGGGCCUGUGAUGAAAAAAGCUCGAACUGAGCCACUCUCCUUGUAUUCGUGUUUGGAGUCUUUUCUACGUGAAGAACCACUUGUUCCUGAAGAUAUGUGGUUUUGCCCUCAAUGCAAAGAACGGCGACAAGCCAGUAAAAAGCUUGACCUUUGGCGCCUUCCAGAAGUGUUGGUCAUCCAUCUUAAAAGAUUCUCAUAUAGCCGGUCGAUGAAGCAUAAACUAGAAACAUUUGUCAACUUUCCAAUUCAUGACUUUGACUUGACAAAUUAUGUUGCCAAUAAAAAUAACUCCCAACGGCAACUGUAUGAACUGUAUGCUUUAACCAACCAUUAUGGUAGCAUGGGUAGUGGUCACUACACUGCACAUAUAAAGCUUAUCGAUGAAAACAGGUGGUACAGUUUUGAUGAUAGUCACAUAUCACUUAUAAAUGAAGAAGAGGUGAAAUCAGCCGCUGCUUACGUCCUCUUCUAUCGGCGGGUAAAGACAGAAGACGUAUCACUUAGUAAUGGAGUCCAAUCAUGUGCCUCAGCUCAGAAAUAGAUGUCACUGAUCACUGUGCUUAUUUUUCUUAAAAAUGGGAUUUCAGGUGCUUUUUGGAGAAUACGCCCAACUAAGGCUUUUAAAGAAGUGUUUGUAUAAAAGCACCAAAAUCAUCUUAUGCCCUUUUGUGGAGUUGUUAAUUGAAGACUCAGAAAGUUCAGAUUAUGUUUUGUGGAGUGGUUUGUUUGCUGAGAUGAUCUGAACAGAUUCUUCAAGGCAUUCAGCGUCUAGACUCUAAACGGCUUGUAACAAAUUGUGCAAAGCUUUUGAGAUAAGAGGAAUGACUCUGGUAUGCUCGUUUCUUUGCGGUGUUACAAAACAUCUGGCUCAAAAGAAACAGGUGGAAGGUUUUUUUAGAAAUGUCAAGAGUUAUAGCAAGAGGUUUGGAUUAACUCAUUCUUUUGAACAGGAGCUCCUUUUUAUGUGGUGUUGUAAUUUGUUAGAGCUUUUGUUCUUUGGAUUUUGGCUCCUUUUGCAACUCAGAAUAAAGUUUCAGCAAAAUCUAUACCUAACUCAAUUCAUAUGUCCCAAAAAGCAAGGCUAGUAGUUAAUGGAGUCUCACGGGUAUGUGCUCUUGAAAUUCCAAUAUUAGGGGGAAAAAAGAAAGAAAGAAAAAGGAAUGACUUGACUCGAGGCUGUAGUUUGAUAUUCUGACUGUACGGAAACAUGGGGAUUCAACCAAUAUUUGAAGAUUACAAAGGGCUUUGAUCACUAUGCUGUAUGGAUAAUUUGUUUAGAUAUCUUGUACAAAGUUUAUGGCUAAUACUCGAUUUAUAGUUUUGAUAUUAUCAUGCUUAGGUUUUUAUUCACAUGUGCUUCAUUAUUCUA